GCCGAGCUUCCGUCAGUUGUUUACUGGCCUUUGUCGCGCGAGGGGCUAGUGAAACUCGCGCAUUUACUUCGCGUUGUUCACGAUUCAGGGUCGUAGCACAAGCUACCCUUGUUGCAAAACGCUUCCGCGCCGUUGUCGAUCUCUUGUUGGGUGUGCGAGUGAGGCGUUACAACGUACACAGGUCGGGUGACAAGUCCGAGCGGCGGAAAGGCGGUCUUUGUGUCCCAACAGGUUUUGCCAUCGGCUAUUUGUGGACGCCACAGUAUGCUCAUUCCUGGCGCUUUCGGUCCCAACCGAGAAAUCUGCCCCUUGUGACUACGGCAUGUGAGACCGUCCCAUGCGCGCAUAGUUCCUGCGUAGUUUAGUGUUUGUUUGUGUUUGUUGUCUGUCUGUGAUCAUGGCGCGAGUGAUGGUCGCCCUGAGGGUGGUGUUGGUGGUGUUUUUGUUGGAUGAGCUGGGCGUCUGGGCCCAACUCAAGGAUGGGUCCGAAUACGGCAACCACUGGGCUACCUACUACGAACAGCCCUGCUGCGCCACCAAGAGACACGUCAGGCAUCACAAAGAUCAUGUCCGGGAGUUCACCUGUGGCAAGAUGUACUACAGGACCCUGUACUUGGACGAGAAGAGGGAUUCCCUUUAUGUGGGAGCGAUGGACAGAGUGUAUAAACUGAACCUUAGCAAUAUCAACCAAUCUAAUUGCGAGAGGGAUUCUCUCACUUUGGAGUCGAACACCGUCAACGACUGCGUCUCAAAGGGAAAAUCAGAGCAUUUUGAGUGCAGAAACCACAUCCGAGUGAUACAGCCUGUGGGGGAUGGAACUCGCAUCUACAUCUGCGGCACCAACGCGCACAACCCUAAAGACUGGGUCAUCUAUUCGAACCUUACGCACUUGCACCGCUCGGAGUAUGUCCCCGGCGUGGGCGUCGGAAUCGCAAAGUGCCCCUACGACCCCAACGACAACUCCACGGCUAUCUGGGUGGAGAGGGGAAACCCCGGCGAGCUUCCGGCGCUCUACAGUGGCACCAAUGCCGAGUUCACCAAGGCUGACGCUGUCAUCUUCCGCACGGACCUGCACAACCUGACCACGGGUCGGAGGGAGUUCAGUUUUAAGAGAACGCUCAAGUAUGACUCCAAGUGGCUGGACAAGCCGCAGUUUGUCGGUUCCUACGACAUCGGGCAGCACGUGCUGUUCUUCUUCCGUGAGACGGCUGUGGAGUACAUCAACUGCGGCAAGAACGUGUAUUCCCGCGUCGCACGAGUAUGCAAGCGAGACACAGGUGGCAAGAACAUCCUCAACCAGAACUGGGCCACCUAUCUCAAAGCCAGGCUCAACUGUUCCAUCCCCGGAGAGUUCCCGUUUUACUUCAAUGAGAUACAGAGCAUCUACAAGGUUCCUGGUGACAAUUCUAAGUUCUACGCAGUGUUCACGACGUCUACUACGGGUCUAAUGGGUAGUGCCAUCUGCGCAUUCACGUUGGACGACAUCCAUCGCGCGUUCAAGGGCAAGUUCAAGGAGCAGGCGACCAGUAGUUCUGCGUGGUUGCCGGUACUGAGCAGUCGAGUGCCUGAACCUCGUCCAGGAGAAUGUGUCAACGACACCGAGACUUUACCAGACACGGUGCUCAACUUCAUACGUUCACACCCGUUGAUGGACUCUGCAGUCGCACACCGUGACGACAAGCCCGUCUUCUACAAGCGAGACCUUCUCUUCACACACCUGGUUGUUGAUAAGCUCAAGUACGAUGUCUUCGGGGAUCAGAUGGAGUACACUGUGUAUUAUGCUGGCACAAACCAAGGCAGAGUAUACAAGAUUGUCCAAUGGUACGACGAUGAGGGUGAAUCUUUCUCCGUAUUAUUGGACGUUUUCGAUGUCACUCCCAACGAACCCAUCAGAGCUAUGGCUAUCUCAAGACUGCACAAGUCACUGAUCGUUGCAUCGGACGAGAGGAUCAGACAGAUCGACAUGGUGAUGUGUAACCGCCGCUACGACAACUGCCUACGCUGCGUCCACGAUCCGUACUGCGGCUGGGACAAGGAUAGCAACACUUGCCGUUCUUACAUGACUGGACUGUUGCAAGACGUGACCAACAGCAGCGCUAGCGUCUGCGAGAGCUCUGUCAUCAAGAAGAAGCUCUCGGUAACGUGGGGACAGAGUGUCCACUUGAGCUGCUUCGUCAAGAUGCCUCAGGUUCUCAGCUCUCAGACCGUCACCUGGUACCAUUACAGCAAAGAGAAGGGGAGGUACCAGAUAAUCUACAGGGGUGACAAGUAUAUAGAGACGUGUGAGCGAGGUCUGGUCAUAGUGACAGUGAACGAGGCGGACUCGGGGCGUUACGACUGCUGGCUUGGCGGGUCACUUCUGUGCUCGUAUAACAUCACGGUGGACACCCACCGCUGCAGCCCACCCGGCAAGACCCACGACUACCACAAGAUCUAUUCUGACUGGUGCCACGAGUUUGAGAAGUACAAGUACGCCAUGAAGACCUGGGAACGGAAGCAAGCGCAAUGCAGUACUCGCCAGAACGACAGUAGCAACCAGAACAACCAUCCGAACGAGAUCUACAGAAGCCCUAUUGUCUAGGUUGUAGACUUAGGUUAGGGUCUUGCGCAACGGUUUUGAGCUCUAGUUUUCAUUUUAAAUCCUUUUACAGCCUUCAGUUUCUAAACACACAUCUGUUGUAGGGUGUGUGCAGUAGUUAUUUUAGAUUUAGUAAUUUUUAUGGUAUUUAUAGGUAUUUCAAUAACUUAAGAUGUAGGUUUUUAGUGAUUUUAGUUUGUGACAAUGAAGUGGUACUGUAGUUCAGUAAUCAUGGUCACUAUUUAAUUUUAUCAAGUAAUUACAAUUAUAUUUGUUCUUCCCUAGUUUGUGUAGUACACGAUUCUGAAUGAAAAAUCUACCAUGACAUGACGUUUAAAUCGGUUUGAUUUACGGCCAACGUUGUUUAUUUUUUAGUGAAAUUAAAAUUAAACGUCUGUAUUAUUUCCUACAGUGCAAGUGUUAAAAGUAAAUGAUCAAUUUUACUUUAUAAUAAAUAAUUCGAAAUGUGUUAGUUUAAGUAUAUGAAUAUUGUGUACUUAAAACGUUAAGACUUUUUUAUAUAUUUUUUUAACUAGAGCUCAAAUUUGCCCUGUCAACCAGUGUGUGUGUGUUGAAUUUCUGUACAAAUAUUGUAAAAAUACCUUUUGACGUGUACUCUUUUUUUAAUACAAUCCCCUUAAAGCUGAGACAUAGCAAGCUAAACAAUUUUCUUUGGGUCUGUGAUAAUCGUAUAAAAUAAACCAGUGUAAAUUAGAUUUGAUGGGGUUAUAGGUUAGCCUUGUUCUCAGCAUUUUCUUUCUAUGGAAACUUAGAAAAAGGGAAACGGUAAUUUUGACUUUAAGAAGAAUGAUUAAGAGUGUAAUUAUAAUUUUUACGUAAGAAAGCAUCAUGUAGGAUUACUGGAAACUUCGUUAUUAGUUACAAAUAUAAAAUAAUAAUAGUUCAAUUAGUAAUUUUAAAAAUCGCUAUUUAGUAAAAAUUACUAUUUUUGCCUUUUGAAUUUGUUAUUACAUUUUAUAAUGUUUAGUACAUUAUAGGAGGAUUAGUUUGGAUAUAUUUUUGUAAAUAGACUCUUCCCGAUGUAUAGACGAAAUUUAAUUUACAAAAUAAGAAUUAUUCCCGUUCAUUUGAAUUUUGAAGGUUAAUGCUGAGAAACGAUUACUUUCCAAAAUAAAACUCAUUGUAGAAAUAGUAAAUCGUUAUUUUAUGAAGGAGUUUAGAAAAUACAGGAUUCUGAAGCUUUGCUAACAUAGCGUGCAAAUCAAAUAAUACACAUCUGAAUGUAAGAACUGAUGGUCAGUUUAUAUUUCUCCCGUUUUGAUUGUUUUUCAUCUAUCAUCAUUUUUUAAAACAAAUGAACUUACCUUUUUCAAACCACUAACACAAAUUUUGUUUAAUAAAUUGUAAAUUUAGUAUUUAUUAAUGAAAGCAAUCGUCGCUUUGUGUAAAAAAUGGUUCCAUAUAAUUAUUUUUUACUAUUUAUGCUGUACUUUAUUGAAAUGAUUUAACACGUUUAGAAUUAAUAAAAAUGGUUCAGAUUGUGUACCAUUAAGAAAUGUUACAUUACAGUAAGAGGUUACAUUUUUUAUUCUUUUUUUAUAGCAACCCCUUGUUUUUUUAAGACAGAAAUAAAAAAAGCCUUACCCGGAACCUAAAACCGUUGCUUUUUUCAUAUAAAAGGCCACGGGAAAAAUUCUCAUCCUUGUGCCAUUACAAAUGUUUAGCACGUGGAAUCUAUUUUAACCGACAGUCCUUACAUUCAAUUGCCCCGGUUAGUAACCCCCAGGAAGCGUUCAGUUUCAGUAUCGGUGCUGCCCGGAGAGCCCCGUGAGUCGCCUACAGUGACUGUACGGGGCCCUCCUAAGUUGUGUACAGUCAGGUUCAGUCUUUUCUCUCAUCCUGUUCAAUGGUGCUGGCAAUAGAAAGAAUGAGCUAACAUGUACAGUCUGGGGCCUACGGGCCCUCUCGUCCUUUCACACUAUAUUUACAAUAACUGCUGUCUUUUCCUCUGGAUUCCACAGCACAAAUGUGUGCUAACAAUACAAUAGCCAGUUGUACUGUCUUUAUUUAUUUAGUUUCGUUAAUUGACACAAUUUUUAAGGUAUUUUAGUGUUUUAUUUAAGUCAUCACAUUUUUUAGUUCUUUAGUAGCUUGUAUGUAGUAGUUAUACACAAUUUUGUUAGUUAACGUUUUAGUGAUAGAAUCUGUUUUCGAGAUACUGAAUUCCCUCGAGGGAUUCGAGCGAGUUCAGUUUUAAGAAUUUCAAAGUGAGAAACUCUGAAACAGAUUUUAGUGAUUUAAGCCAUUCAUCGUUCGUAUAUGUUUACAUUAAACGAUUCCUUUACUCUUAACUUGACUUCUACAGAGAGAUAUUUUUGUAACAGUGCUUGAUCAUAGAAUAUUAUAUUGGUUUCACUGCCACGUUAUAGAAUGUUCCUGAAAUAAUACUCGUGUUUUCAUUGGUAAAUCAAACAACACCGGCUCCAAACCUUGCCAAUUCAUCUCAUUCUUCUCGUUCCGAGGAAGAACGGUCGGGUCUGCGCGAUCAAGCUUCAGCAAGAGUUCCAUGUCCGGUCUCGAAUACGAAUGUGUUAAGUUAAACAAUAACAAUGCUUCAUCUGUGCUAAGCUUUUUUAUACGGCACGGUUUAUUAGUAUUAUAUUUAAUAUUGUAUAUAUGAGUAAAAUAAUGUGAAUUACAAUUGAUUUUUAAGGAAAA